GCGGCAGGUUUAGCGCUUCAGUGUAGCUCAUCUCCUCCUAGUCACCACGGAGUCCUGCUCAAUUCCAAGCUGGGUGCUUAUCUAACUGGCGGCAUGGUUCUCUCACUGUACCGGCUGAUUUGUCUGCUUUUAUUAAGUGUACUAGGACAUGGUGAUGUGCUUCAGGCAUCUACUCCAGAAAGCUACACUUCUCCCACUGAUCAGCCCUAUUUGGAAGACACCAGUGCCCUAACAGUCUCUCCAACCACAAUAGGUACGACCAAUGCAGUAACUGAUGCAAUCCCCUCCGAGUCGUCUACACCUCUCCAGCCUGAUUCUGACACUAGCGAGACGACGGAAGCGCCAGCUACCCAGCAGCCCAGUACCACAACUGAAGCAGCCUCUGAAGAGACCAAUCCUACAACAGUUUCAUCCACUACAACCACCCCUGAGUUAACAAACGCCACAACCGCUGUACCCACCAACGCAACAACGAUCCCUCCAACCGAUGCCACAACCCCUGUACCCACCAAUGCAACAACGGUCCCUCCAACCAAUGCCACAACCCCUGUACCCACCAAUGCAACAACGGUCCCUCCAACCAAUGCCACAACCCCUGUACCCACCAAUGCCACAACCCCUGUACCCACCAAUGCCACAACCCCUGUACCCACCAAUGCCACAACCCCUGUACCCACCAAUGCAACAACCCCUGUACCCACCAAUGCCACAACCCCUGUACCCACCAAUGCCACAACCCCUGUACCCACCAAUGCAACAACCCCUUUACCCACUAAUGAAACAACGGCUCUUCCAACCAAUGCCACAACCCCUGUACACAAUGUUACGACAGCCUCCACCCCUGCUCCUACUACUUUGCCUCCACUGCCAAAUCCCACUGUUGGUAAUUAUACUGUUAAGCCUGAUCCCAAAUCAUCUGCUUGUCUAAUGGCAAAGAUGGGCCUGCAGUUCAGUUUAAAAAAUGGAUCAACCUUUCAGACUGUUAACCUUGACCCAAGUCCUAAUGUUACCAAAACCAGUGGCACAUGUGGAAGCAAUGGCAGUGACUCAACGCUGUUACUGACUUCAGAUAAAAUUACUGUUCAAUUUGUUUUCACCAAUCAACUAAACAAGUUCCAUUUAAGUGAAUUGGAUAUCACUAUAAACACAGAAACGGGUAAGCCUUUCACUGCUCACGUUACUAACCUGUCUUUAUGGGAGGCGUCACUGGGAAGCUCAUAUAUGUGCCAAAAGGAGCAGAGCUACAACAUCACAGAAGCCCUUCUUUUGAACACCUUUGAGCUUCAGGUGCAGCCCUUCAAUGUGACUGAAAACAAGUUUAGCACAGCCCAUGAAUGCUCAGUGGAUGACAUCAGCCUCUUAAUCCCAAUCAUUGUUGGCGCAGCGCUGGCUGGUUUGAUUGUCGUUGUGUUGAUUGCAUAUGUGAUUGGUCGACGAAAGACCUAUGUUGGAUAUCAGACCCUGUAAUGACAUUUUAAACAAAUCACAAACUCCUAUUCAUGAAAUCUAACGUGAUCCUGGGCCAAUGCAACUAAUCACUUUUGUAAUUGAUGUGAAGUUGUGUUGGGUUGACUAAUCCGGCAGCUGCUCGUUUCCUAUGCAUUUAACAUCUGAAGUGUGAUUUUUGGUGCAUCUGUUCCAGAAUCAUAUUCCAUCAUUUAAGUUUUUUUUUUCCCUGUUAGUGUUUAAGAGCAGCAAAUUGAGGCUGUUUUACUUUAUGGCCUGAAUCUUGUUGACACUUCACCUUGUGUGCUUAGGAACAUCGGUCAGCUUGCUAAUUGUGACAACACUUUGUACUUUAUUGCCUCUAUUUUGGACUUAGCACUUGCCUUUACUGCAUCAGCUAAAAGCUAUUGCUGUUUGUCCCUGCUUAGAGCAAAAAAUAAUAAUAAAAACAGAAUUUAAGAGGGAGGGUUUAUAUGGCUUUAUCUAUUAGUAUCAGGUUCCCUUUAUCACAGGUGCAGAUAUCAUUUUGAAGUUUCAAAAAGGGAUAAAAUUGCUAAUACGUCACUGGUCAGCUGCAUUCUGUUUAUAGCAAGAAUUAUACUGGAUGGUGGAAUACAUACCAUGCUGAUCAUAGGACCUGUUUGUCAUGCUUUCUGCUGAUGCUGCUUUAUUUACCAACAAGAAGCUCUAGUAUCUGUAACUCCACUGAAUCCACCACCAACCUCUUGGUCAAUAUCUGCUGAAUAACUGUAGGAGUCAUUAAUUCAAUAUUCAAACGGCAUUUCCCCUGCCUACUAUCAGAAUCCUCUUUAUAGAUUACCAAAGUAUACCAAAUUUGGCUUGGAUUUUUUUUUUUUUAGUGUGGCUUACAGAUAUCAGUGGCUCUAAACUGCUGAUACCGAUUCGAAUGUGGAGAAACGUUACUUUCACUAGCUGAAUCAUUUCAACCAUUGUAUACUACAGCAUUAGAAAGUGAAUAAGACUCAUUUUGAAUGCAUGUGUACAUAUGUUUCUGUAUUAGACUAAAUUUCAAUAUGAACUUCAUGACCCUUCUGUCUGCAUUACAUGCCAUGAUGCUGAUUCGUUUUGUAAUCGUGUGUAUAUAGAAAUUUCCUUUCUGACUUGUAAUUCACUGUAUAUUCAUAAUUACCCUGGCUUUGCUACACACUUGUUAAAAUCACUUGUUGCUCUUAAGUUUGAAGAGAUGAUUUGAAAUUAGUCACUGUUUGUUUCAUACCUGACAAAGAUGCAAAACCUAAUUUUUUUGUCAAGUUAAAAGAGUAAAUAAAGAUGGAUGGACAUGUCUACA